UGUACAAGGCGGGUUAACCAAACGGUAAUCUAAUUGUUUAGACUAGAGCUCUAGAGUCGUUGGUGUGGGUGUUUGGGGGCGAAUAUUACACAAUGAUUGCAUCAAGAUCUUGUACUGUCGCAAAUAGUUCAUUUAAGAAACUCAGGUUACUGUCAAGGAAGGGUUUUGGGCAGAGAGGUGCGACUAAGAUGGCGGCAAUACAAAUGGAAUUCAGCUCGCAGAUUAUGGUCGUUGGUCUUGGCAACCACUCCAUGCCUAACACAAGACACAGCGUUGGCAUGGCAGCAGUCGACAGACUUUGCAGACAUCUCAAGGCUUCAUGGAGUAAAGAUGGAGACUGCCAGGGGGAUGUUGCCAUAGCAACAUUGGAUAGCUGUCAGAGGUUCAUUUUGUUGAAGCCACGCCUUCUCAUGAAUAUUAAUGGAAGGAGUGUCAUUAAAGCAGCAAGGAAGUACAAAGUGGCCUCUUCGGAUAUUUAUCUCGUUCAUGAUGAUCUGGAUCGUGCAUUCGGGAAACUCAGUAUCAAGGAAGGAGGGAGUGCAGGUGGACACAAUGGUGUGAAAUCCUCAAUAACUGCAUUAGGAACAGAGAUCAUGCCAAGACUAAGGAUAGGUAUCGGCCGUCCCACCAACCAGAAUGCCGUCAUUGACUACGUCCUGGGUGGAUUCAGUCUGUCUGAGAAGGAGCGCCUACCACACAUCCUGGAAGAAUCAACCAUGAAAAUACUCAAUCAUGUUAAAAAAAGGACAGACAAAACGUGAGACACAGUGAUGGAGAUGAAUGCUGAAAUAUAUUAGCUGGUGACCAGACAGAAGACCUGUUUGUCAUCUGUUGAUGUGCCUCUGUGAUGAACACAGAGAGAGAACCGGUUUACCAUCCAUCAAGGAAUUAAAUUGUGACUAGUUUACUGGUUGCCUUUCUAGUUGAAUAAAGGUGGACAACUGGUUGACUACUGGUUGACUACUGGUUGACUACUGGUUGACUACUGGUUGACUACUGGUUGACUACUGGUUGUUCUGGUUGAAUUUAUUCCACCAAUGUCUCUCAACAAAACAUCUGGUCGCAAGAUGUUGACAAAGUUCCUCAUACCAAGUAGUUGGUGCUACAAUGAUCUCAAAAUGACACUUGUAAAGACAGACGUGUAGUAUUUUUCCUGAUUUCAGGAUUUCCUCAAAAUCUUCUUGAGCCUUCAAAUUUCUUGAAAGAUGUGAAGCAAAUAAGAAAGGAAGAAAGAAAUAGUCCACGUUGUAUGUAAACCUGUAGUUUUGGUGAUGUGUUGUCUGUAAACCUCCUAAAUUCAGGGUCUGGAAUAAGGGGGGUACCAGGCCACCAAUCGAUUCUCAGGAAUCGUCAAAUUUUAGUCAAGGAAAGAAAAAGAGGCAUAAAAGCUGCAUUGCUGAGUUCAAAACAAAAAACAGAAAUCUUGCAUUUUGUUUAGAUGACAGUAUUGGAAUCACCCAAAGCAAAAGGCAGGAGAAGUGAAAGCAUGAGAAAUUAAUUGGGCAAUGACUUUAGAAGUUCAAUUUUGAAAAGAGAAUUUACUUUAUAAUCCGAAACAUUUGCCUAUGAUAAAUCAUUAUCAGACAGUAAACAAUAUAUUAUUGCAACAAGGCACAAUAAUGUUUAUUUAUUAUGAGAAAAGUAAGUGUGUUGUCUGCUGUUUUUUUUAAAUAAAUGAUGAAUA